AUGGCGACGCGUCGUAGCGGUUGGAACGAACUUCGCCGCUUAUUCGACUCGGUCGCCACACCCUGGUUCGUGGUGGGGGCCGAUCGCCGGAUCGUCUGGUGCAAUCAGGCCCUGGCCGCCGCGGUCGAGCUGGAUGCCGACGAGCUAGUGCAUCGCACGUGCCGGUAUCACACGCCCGAGACAAAUGACCGUCCGGACGCCAUCGCUGCCGCCUUGUGCCCUCCGCCGGAACUCAACGGACAACAAUCAACCGUCGCCAUCGUCGCGUGGCGCAACACUGCCGGUGAAGAGGUUCGCUAUCAGGCCACCUUUAAUUCGUUAGUCGCCGGUUUGGACGAAUUGCCGAACUCAGGUAAGGAAGUUCAGGCGGAGGUGCCUCCCGUGCUGGUUUGCCUGCAAGGGCCGCUGCAGCAUUCGACGGGAAUCGCCAAAACGCCGGAAGCCAUUCUGCUGGCCGAAGACCCCUCGGCGGCUGAAUUGCACGAGCAGGUGCGCCACUUUCGGCUCACGUGGAGUCGUCGCUACCACGUUGAUCGAUUGGUUGGUGCCAGCCCCCAAUCGCAGCGUAUUCGCCAGCAAGUGGAAAUGGCCGCAGCGAGCAAAGCAUCGGUGUUGAUCGUAGGCCCCGAGGGCAGUGGCAGACUCCACAUCGCCCGAUCGAUUCACUACAGCCAAGGCGAAUCGCGGGCAGGACGUUUGAUUCAUCUCUCGGCCACGGCCCUUGCGCCCGAGGCCUUGCCGGCGGCCGUAGAAAGUUUGGGUUCGCGUGGCCCCUCCGAUUCAUCACCCUCGUUGGCAACCUUGCUGCUGACCGAUGUCGAUCAGUUGCCCGAGCACGUGCAGUUGCAGUUCGACACUCUGCUCGGGGUGCCACACCCUGGCAUGCGAUUGAUCACCACCGCCACACACCCGCUGGAGACGCCGGACGGGAAAGGGGCCUUCCGCCACACUCUCGCGGUACGACUUGCUGCGCUAACCAUCGAACUACCACCUCUGCGAGAACGCGCGGAAGACAUUCCACCCAUGGCGCAACUGUUCGUCGAAGAAUUCAACGAGCAGGAAUCAAAGCAGUUGAGCGGUUUCGAGCCGGGGGCCCUGGAUGAAUUGGUAGCCUAUCCCUGGCCCGGCGAUGUUGAGGAACUGCGAAGCGUGGUGUUGGAAGCCGCCGACAAUUGCUCGGGUGCGUUGAUCACCACGAACGACCUCCCGCAGAAGAUUGCUCAUGGCCGCUCGGCAGCCGAACGGCCGGCGGAAUCGGAGGAAACGAUUCAGCUCGAUGAGUUUCUAGCGGAAAUCGAAGCGGAAAUUGUGCGUCGCGCACUGCAUCAGGCAAAGGGAAACAAAUCGAAGGCGGCUGCGCUCCUGGGGCUGACCCGUCCGCGGCUGUAUCGCCGGCUGGUGCAGAGGUUGGCAGUGGGGGGGCCUGCCCUUAUGAUGCGCAGUGAUGUUGCUAUGGAAGCACCGGGAUUGACCCUGCCAGAUCGACCCACCUGUAUCGUGCUCGAGCGGCACGGAACUUGGGCCGCGGCGCUGCGUCGCGUGGAGGGUUCUCCGUCGUACGAAUUGCGAGAAACGCGGGGCUUUGCCGAAGUUCACGAGGCGUUGAGCCCGAACUCGCAAGGCCUGGUGGCAAUCGAAUUACGGUUGGAGAGUUUUCAGCAGACCAUCGAAGGGAUCGACCGUCUGCUGCGAAUCUUCCCUCGAACCAGUUGCGUGGUGUUGGGAAAUCGCGUUCCCUCCACCAUCGCUUUGUUGGCGUGGGAAGCGGGUGCCAUCGCCGUGAUCAACUCGCCGCGUCAGGCAGAGCGGGUCGCCAAAAUCGUGCAGCAAUGGGCAGCAACCGUGCGUGCACAUCCAGAGCAGCACCGCGAAGACGAAGGGAUCGUGAAGAGCGUGUCCAGUCGAUUGCCCUUUCGUGCCGUCGACCCCACCCGUCCGAUACCCAAGUCAUCGCGAAGCAAACCACCCAUUGACGAGGAUGAUGAACCGAUCGAAUUCGAGCCAUUGCCAUAG